AUGUCAACGAUGGGCGCUCGUGUGGCUCGAAUGUUCCGGAACUUUAACUUAGAAAACCGCGUCCACCGAGAGAUCUCCAGAGACAAGCCGCUCGCUGCUCCCAGACACCCGGAGCCCUCCCACCCCGACCCGGUACCGGACCGAGAAAUUAUCAACGAAAAGAACGCGCCUCUCCUCAACCACCUUCGUUCUUUGUAUGUGGAGUCCACGGACCCCACGCAUUCCCCACAGCCAUCCACACCCAAUGGAGCAGUGGCUGAACGCAGAGCUCUGCAGUACAGCGUCCCCAUGCAGCAGCUGGGCAUGUCGGAGCUCACGGACGUCCCCAAAGGGAAGCUGACCCUGGCGGAGGCGCUGAAGGCCUUGGGCAGUCACCAGCAGCAGCCUCAGACCUGGACCGUGGAGAAGGUGGCGCAGCACUACAGUCUGGACCCACGGGACUGUAGGGCUCUGCUGGGGUUCUUCUGCCCCUUCAGACUCCAGAUCAUUCCUCCCAAAGACACACGGAGCAAACGCAUCACGGACUCUUAG